AUGUUAGUCGCUGAACAUCUUUCCAUUAGACGGUCCCGAGGAGAUAAAUUGGCCGAAUCAUCAUCCUCUUCCUCUUUAAGUCUGUCUGCAAAGGGGGUAGCGGCCCCUCCCGAUGUCGUGUAUAAACUUUCAAAGAAAAUUGCUCAGUUGACGAAAGUUAUAUACUAUCUGAAUACCAAAAAUGAAGAUCAUACAACGGAGAUUCAAAGUCUUGCUGAAGCAUACGAAGAUGAAAUACAAGAGGUUGUUGAGGACGGGCAGAGUAGAAUUCAAGUUUUGCAAUCUAAAGUAGAAGAUGGUGAAUUAAAACUCAGAGCACAUGAGGAAGUGAUUCAGUCCUAUCUAGAAACGAUCUCCACGCAUGAGGCGGGUUUAGACACCCUUAGACAAAGGGUAGCGGAACUAGAAGAUUCUCUUAACGAAGCUGAAAGAGAAAAGAUAGAGACAGCGCGCACGCAUGAAGAGCAGUUGCAAGAGAUGGAAAAAACUGUAAAGCUGCGCUGCAAAGAAGAGGAAGAAGCAUCGGGGUUACGGUCCAAUUAUGAGUCCAUGCUGCAAGAGCAGUCCGAUAAACACGAGAAAGAACUGGAAGAGGUCAAACGGCAAAGUCUUGUCGAUCUGGAGGCACUCAGAGCCGAGUACACAAAGAAACUUCAAGCGGUGAACGAUGACAGACAGAAACUUGAUGAUAGCCUCAAAGAUGCCGUCUCAACAGUCAAAAGUCGACAUCAAGAUGAAAUCAAGUUCCAGCAGCAAGAAAUUAAGCAAUUGCGGCAAGCUUUGGAUGAUCAAGUCAAAGACAGUACAGCUCAGAUUAAAACACUGGAAACAAGGCUCACAGCGGCAUAUGAGCAGGAGCAUGAACGGCUUCUAGAAAGUCAGGCAGCCCUUAAGGAAACGAAGCAGACCCUGCAACAGAAAGGCGAUCAGGCUUUGGAGCUUGAAGGUGAAUUAAAUCAGACCACAAUAAAACUGCGCGAUUCGAAAAUCAAGCUCGAAGACUACAGCAAUCGUAUAAGUAGUUUGGAAAAGGAUAUUGCAACAAUGGUGACGAAGCUCAAUAUUGCUGAUGAACGUACGCGGAAUCUGGAAAUGCUGUCAAACGCAAAAGAGAAGCAACUCGCAGAUUUGUCGGUUGCUUUGACGCAGGAGGCCGAUGAAAAGGCAAGCAUAAAGUCAGAUCUGGAUGCUCUUACCGCUCAACAUCAAACGACGCUAGCAACGUUAAAUAAACUACAAGAAGAGAUGAAACUAUAUGAUGCAGAGAAGAUGGAGAAUGAAAGGAAAUUCCUUGCGCAAGCCAAAGCGUACGAAGAAUUGGAGCAGCAAAUGCAAGCCGAGCGUUUAAAACACGAAGAGCUUUUGGCAACGUCCCUAACACUCCAAAAAAGUGAAUUACAAGCUGCGUUUACUGCGGAAAUGUCUGAGCAGCUGUUGGAAGCGCAGAGAAAGCACGAUGAGGCUCUUCAAAAGAAAGUUCAAGAAAUCGUUGACUUACAGCAGCAAUUUGCGGAUCAUCGGGAAGCAUCCGAACGACAGAUGGAGCAGCUGCAGCGGGCUGCCAAAGACACAGAGGAGGCUUUGAAGGAACUCCUGAAAACCAAGGAGAAGGAAAUGGCAGAUCUAGCACACCAUCUGGAAGACGUCACUUCCACUCUGGAAGACAGAAUGAUGGAGAUUUCAAAGCACCUUAUCACAAUUCAGCAUCAAAGCGAGACCAUCCGAGGACUCGAGGUUGACAAAGCUGAUCUUUUCCAAAAGAUGGUGCAUAUCGAUGAACAAAUCCGGACCGAAAUGAGAGAUAAUUUCGAAAAGGAGAAGUUGGAUCUAGCGGACGCAUGGGAUUUGGAAGCAAAACUCGAAAAUCAAAGACUACGAGAUUCGCUAAAUCAAGGACAUGCACAGGACUUGCAGGCGGCCAUGGCACAAAAGGAAAAAGACCAUGAAGAGCAGGUUCAGGCUAUUCGACUUACCCAGCAGAAGGAAAUUGCCAAGAUGCAAAGAAUGGUGUCCAAUGCAGAAGGAACAGCCGCCAAUCUUGAGAAAGAAAAAGCUCUGCUACAAAAGCAGAUUCAAGACAUGGGAAGGAAAUAUAGGGAAGAACUAAUCCUCCUGGCCGAAAAGCAUGACAAUGCGCUACAGGAGGCGCGAAGAGCAUGGGAGAUAGAAGUGCAGAGUCGGGAAACGCAGCUAAAAGUGGCCUCUACGAUUGCCCUAGCACAACUGGAAAAGAAACUGCAGACAGAAAGAGAAGAGGCGGAUGUUGCACAUAAGCGCCAGCUGGAUGACUUGCGAGCUUUUCACACCAUGUCCAAUAUGGCUGCGAAAAAGGAAGCAGAAGCGCUUCGGCUGGUGGAGGCAAAUAAUCUCAAGAUGGAGUUUGAGCAGGAGAUGUUGGCAUUAAGACAGCGGUUGUUGGAAGAUCGGAAUGCGAAAGUCGCCGAAAUACAGCAAGCCCACGCCGCUGAGCUCCAGAACCUUGAGAAACAACAUAGUAGCGAGAUUAACUCCAAGGAAGACGCCAUCAAAAGCCUACAUGAAGAGGUGAUCUCCUUGAAGUCGAUCGGGGAAGCCCUGCGGACGAAAGUUACUGAGCAGUUAAAUGUGAUUGAGCAGCUGCGAGAGGACGUUGACGCUAGAGUUGCGGAGAUUGAGGACCUUAGGGAAGAGUCAGAGUCAAAAUUGGCUGCCCUUCGCGAAGAUCUGCUGGAUCAGCAAAAGCAAGAGAUCAGCCGUAACAAUGAACAACACAUUGAGGAAGUCCAACAAAUGCUUAGAGAGUUUGAGCACGCACAGACGUAUCUCAAAAAGCAGAUUGCCACCCAGAAGAAUCAGUUGCACGAAGCUGAUAUCAAGUACAUAAACCGCGAACCCCGCGAGGUAGACGUGCAGAGGAUAGCGCAGCUUGAAGAGGACUUGCGUCAAGCAAAACAAAUAAUCGAAGCGUUAAUGGAGGAGCUCCAGUAUUACAAGUUGGAACUCAAUAACCGGGAAGCCAACUUCAACAAGAUCUUCAACAAGGCGCCCGUGGUAGGAGUCAUUCAGCCAAUAGGUCUUUCAACCAGACAGAAUAAGUCAAAUUCGCGAUCGUACCCGUCGUUGAAUUCGUCCCGGCUGCCCCCGCUGCCAACGCCACAACCAGCACCGCCGGCAUAG